AUGUCUUCAGACCCUUGCCUGGGAGCUUCAUGUUGUCAGCAAGAAAGUUUUGCCUUUGGCAGAAACACUUACAGUCGUGAUUCCUCUCCGGCCAUCCAAGAGGAUCCGUUUAGUUUGGAUAUAUCUAGUUUGAGUGUAAAUUAUGACACUGAUGGUGGAGAUGAGAGUAUCAGUUCUUUUCCUCUACAAGAUGAUAUAAGAUUUGUUGGGAAAGCGAGUAGAUCAUCAUUUAAACAAAAUUAUGGAUUUAAACAGAUUGACCUGGGUUGUCGUCUUAGGUCGGAUAUUACAGCAGAGGUUGAUAAACUGCCCCCGGAGUUAGAGGAGGAACUAGCUGGGGUGGAAACAUCGCUGCUGAGUGUGCCCAGCAAAUGUGCAGAGCAGGCAGAGGAAUUCGUCAAGAAGGUCUGGGCUGCGGGAUGGAAUGUAGCUCACCACCACACGUUGCCAGAUUGGCUCAAAGAUAACGAUUUCUUGCUUCGAGGUCAUCGAGUUCCAACCAAUUCCUUUCUGGCAUGUUUUAAAUCAAUAUUCAGGAUACACACUGAGACAGGAAAUAUCUGGACACAUUUACUGGGUAUGAUAGCCUUCCUUGGCAUAGCUGCCUACUUUCUGUCACGGCCCUCAAUCGAGAUUCAGUGGCAGGAGAAAGCUGUGUUUUCUGCAUUCUUCACUGGAGCCAUUCUCUGUUUAUGUUUCUCCUGGAUUUUCCAUACCGUUUACUGCCACAGUGAGCGGGUGGGCAGGUUCUUCAACAAGUUGGAUUACUGUGGUAUUGCUCUGCUUACCAUCGGCUCCUUUGUUCCGUGGCUCUACUACAGCUUCUACUGUCGUCUAGAACCCAAGGUCACAUACCUGGCACUGAUAUUUUUUCUGGGUACAAUCUGCAUCGUGGUGUCCAUGUGGGACAAAUUUUCACAGCCUCAGUACAGACCUCUAAGGGCAGGUGUGUUUGUGGCGCUGGGACUGAGUGGGGUGAUCCCUGCCAUGCACUAUGUGAUCACAGAUGGCUUCUGGCACGCCAUCAACUUUGCUGCCCUGGGCUGGCUGCUUCUCAUGGCCUUGCUGUAUAUUGUGGGUGCUGUCAUCUAUGCUGCCAGAAUCCCUGAGAGGAUCUUUCCUGGCAAAUUUGACAUCUGGUUUCAGAGUCACCAGAUUUUCCACGUAUUUGUUCUAGCUGCAGCAUUUGUCCACUACCACGGUAUUUCGGAGAUUGCCAACUACCGUCUGACACUGGGAGACUGUAUAGCCAGGGAAUUUUGA